AUGGCCCUGUAUCUGACGGUUUUGAGGAUCAUCAUUGUCACAUAUCAUCGCUACGAGAAGGGGAAAUUUGAUGUGUUGGUUGAAGACAAAGGGGUGAAGAUCUUGAUCGAUCCAAAGGCCCUGAUGCACGUCAUUGGAACCGAGAUGAACUUUGUGGAUGACAAACUCAGACCUGAGUUUGUCUUCAUAAAUCCUAACUCUAAGGGCCAGUGUGGCUGCGGAGAGUCCUUUAUGACCAUGAGCAGUGCAGCAGCAGCUAGGCGGGGAGGUAGUUGA